UUUUACAAAGAGAAUCCAGUCACGGUGGCUGUGGUGCCAAAGUCUUGGGUUGUGAGGACCACAAAGGGUGGAUUUCUCAGCUAUUGGCCCCGUUCUGGGGUUACCCAAAAGGUUAAAAGAGGGGUCUACCCCGACAAGGAAAAGUGGCAAAGGUAUGCCGUGAAGUUGGUCGGCAGCUCCACAAAUGACUACGACAAAGCCCUGCGUUGUGCAAAGAGGGCUGAGACGGAACUCAAUGCUAGGAGCAGCAGUGAGCAAGCAAGUAGACCUCACAUCAAGCCUGCUCGCUACCUUGACGGCUGUGAAGGCUCGGACAGCGACAUAACAGAUAUUGAGGACAGUCAGCAGCAUGGUGCCAGAGUGGCAGCUGAGGCCAGUCAGCAGCAGGCACACAGUGCCAGAGCCGUGGAGUUGCCUAGACCUCCACCUUACAAUGGUGAUGAGAGAGGCUUGGGAUCACACAUAAGGACGUCGCCCGAAAUUCCGAUUCUACCUAUACCCCGCCCGAGAACCCCAAAUAUUUCAAGCCCAGUACACAUGUCUGCCACCCAAGCCACCGACAUCAGCCAGCUGGUCGCCAUGAUGUCCUCAUUCACCACCAGGGUCCUUACAAAGAUGGACCAGAUAGUUGAGGCCCAGCAAGACUUGAGGAGGCUGGUCAGCGCCAAUGUACAGGCAAGGGGUGCCGUGGACCCCCUCCCAAAAUCCUGCCAGACAGAGGAUGAACUAAAGGAACUUUGCCAGCGUCUCCUGACCGACCAAGCAUAUCGGAGGCAAUUGGUGUCCUUCCUCUCCCUCGACGGGACCACGACAUUGGGCAGGUCGGUGCGCCGCAUGUUGACCCGUGUGGGUUCCACAGACCUGUGGUCUGGCUACAGCAUGAGAGGGAGGAAGAAGAAAUCUUUCAGUGACCUGCCCCUCAUGCAGGUUUUACAAAAGGCAUGCAACAACUGCCAUCCAGCCUGCAAAACGGUGGACGUGGAGAGAGAGGUGGCGGAAUUUCUCAAACAUGCCCCCUUUAAAAAGGGUGGUUCGGGCAAGGUGGGAACGACCCAAACGCAAGGCCAGGCAAGCAUCAACAGCAGCGACAUCAAUGGCCCGGACACUCCAGGCGGCAGUCCGAUUGACCAGCUGGACCCACACUUGUUUGCCAACAGGGAAUGCCGUGGUGUGAGGAAUGCAAGGCUCUCACUUCUGGACACAAUAGCCAGGAACCUGGACUCAAUACACCCACACACCAUGAUCCUGUUCAUGAACUUCUCUUCUGCAUUCAACACUGUGCAUAUUGACACACUCCUCCAGCAGCUCUCCAGCCUUCAGAUCCAAUGCUACCAGUUGCUUCUGGUCAUCACCUUCAUGCAAUCACUGAGUGAGAUGUGUACAGAAGCACUGGACAAAACAAUGAAGCCCAAGAUACACAAAGAGGAUGGGGAGGGACAAUGGAAGUUGGAUGCUGACAAGACUGGGCUCAAUUGCAUCAAAGGGGCUUUACCUUUUUGA